UAGAAAUGAGAGAAGCACCCAGAGAAGCAACUGGGUGAAUUAAUGAGAAAACCUACAGGACAAGAUAUGGAAGUCGGAGACAGAGGCUUGGGGGAAUCUGGAGUUCUAGAAGAAUCGUUACAUACUGACACCACAACUCAAGAACAGGCUCCCAUGAUAAAUAAGUCUUCACAGAACAGUUGGUCUGGUAUCAGAUCUAAGGAACUCAGGGAACAUUCUGUGUCCAUGCAAGAGAAACGCUGUUUAAGGGAGAAGAGGAGCCCCAGAAAUUCCAGUACAACCCCCUGGAGACCAUGGGCACAACAGCGCUCUCAUGUUAAGGCAGCCUGGGAAAAAGCACAAGAAGUUCUGUCAUUCUUCUUACUGUGGGAUAGGACACUAGUUCAGAUCAGCGGAAAGUUUGGUACUGGCAUCAACUCCUAUUUUCUGUUCCUGCGAUUCUUGAUCCUGUUGAAUGUUUUAUCCUUCUUUCUCACCAGUGGCCUAAUCAUUAUUCCCACCAUCCUAUCUGCAGACAGCCAACAAUCCCAAGAUAACAAAGACAUUUCCAGUGGAGACUGGGGAGAAGAGAGAAACAGCGGUGAAGCAAGAAAGGUGAUCAGUCCUGUCCCCUAUUUGUCUCACUUCUCAAUGAAGCUCUGUGAUGGCGCCUCUGAAGUCUGCCUGAAUAUCUGUUCGCAGGGAGUGCUGUUGCGUGACCAUCCUGUACCCCCUCAUGAUAGGUUAUCUAUGAGAGUCUCUCCUUACAACAGAUCUGUAGAAAGCAUUUUCUUGGAUAUAUUUACUGGGGAAGGUUUCCUGGAAAACUCCCUCUUUUUCUAUGGCUACUAUAAUAAAGUGACUAUUAAUGGCUCUUCAUUCAACAUUCGACUAGCAUAUUUGCUUACACCCCUUUCUUUUUUGCUAGUCUGUGGUCUUCAUCUUCUGAGGUGCACUAUACGUGGAUUGACUUUAAGACGGGUGCGGAGACGAGAUUACAGGACUCGAAUAAGCACAAAAGUUUUUUCAGGCUGGGAUUUCUGUGUGCAAGAAGAUGAAAACUGUGCAAAUAAACAGCAGAUGCUCAGCAAUGAGUUCAAGUCUCACCUUGAGGAAGAACGAUGGCAUGUGAAUACAGUGGGACAACCUCUUAGAAGAAGACUCUGCAUCCUUACUAUACGUGUGUUACUGAACUGCAUAAGCCUGACAUUCGUGAUUGGAGCUUUCUAUUGUGUCCACCUGGCAACAGGAGUAUCUCAGGAAUCUCAAGGGGAUUCAGUGAACACUGUACUUGAGUUGAUGAUUCAGUACUUAGUUCCAAUUGUCAUCUCCUUGGUUCAUCUAAUACUGCCACCAGUCUUCACGUUUCUAGUCAAAUUUGAGGGCCACUCACCCAGCAUGGAAGUCAAUCUUACUCUUAUCAGGUGUUUGUUUCUCAGACUUGGCACUUUGGCGAUUUUCCUCUUCUCUUUGGGGCAGAAGAUUUUGUGUUUAGAUAAAUCAGAAUUUUCAUGUUCCUCUUGCAGCUACAGCUCAAAUUACCAAUGCUGGGAAACAUCAGUGGGACAGGAAUUCUAUAAACUUUCCGUGUUUCACUUUCUCAAGAUGCUGAUGGAAUUCCUGCUGUUAAGUUUGCCUCUAAGAUUCAUGGCUUCACGGUACCAAUGCUGGCUUAUCUCAUGGUUGAGUCAAGAACAGUUCCAGCUUCCCCUGAAUGUUCUGGACAUGGUAUAUGGACAGACCUUGGUGUGGGGUGGCCUGUUCUAUGUGCCACUUCUUUCACUGCUCAACAUAAUCUUUAUCUUCAUCACAUUCUAUGUUAAAAAGUAUUAUCUCUACCAUCUAUGUGAUGCACCUCAAAAAUUAUUCAGAGAGUCAACUUCCAGAAUCUUCUUUUACUUUGCAUUGUUCCUGAGUCUGAUGACCAUUUAUUUCCCCUUGAUUUAUAUGGUGACAAGUGCUACACCAUCUCCAUCAUGUGGUCUGUUCACUAAUCAUAACACAUCAUGGGAGGCAGUUCAGAACAUUACAAGGUCUGCGCUUCCGGCAACAGCCCUCACUGCCUUGGAAUAUUUCAGAUCAGACCUUUGUGCCUAUGCCUUGCUGUUUGUCCUAAGCCUCCUGCUCACCUUUUAUAUUUCCCAAGUGCGCCAGUAUGAACACAUCAUAGAGCUGCUGAAGGAUAAUUUAUCCAAUCAAAUCAAGGAUAAACUCUUUUUGGUAACAAGAUUAAGGCAAGAAAAUCAACCUCAAGGACAAGAGUCUUCAGAAGGCAUUUAAGAUGUUCCUGUAAUACAAUGGAAUCAUAUUACCCUGUGUUUGGCACAUCGGAAAUGGACACUGAAAGAUCAUAACAUGUUAUUGUAAUAGGACACAAUUAUUCUUCUGAUGCAAUACAUCAUAUUAGUUCUACAUUUUAUUCAGUACAGGUCAUUAGUGUCCUUACAGAACCUGAGAAGUUUGUGUACAUUUCAGAACAGAGAGCAGGGACCUGUUUUCAUUCAUGGGUUUUCCUAUGGCUCUUUCCCAUUACAGGCCAUUAAUGAAGCUGAGAAGUUUGUGGACCUUCCAGAAUGAAACAGAAGGAUCUGUGUUCACUCCAUGAAUAAAAGCUCUUUUUGGCAGCAUUUUAUUCAUUCAUGGGAGGAGGGGACACAUAUAAACUCUCCUGUCCCCUAAAUUUCAUGCUAUUCAGACCCAGGGAGUUAGGGAGCACAAAUAGCCAGAGAAGAGAAACCUUUGAUAAAAUAUUAGCAAGGAAAAUGAAAUAAAUAGCAGGGUGGAGAUAUCACAGGGAGAAGGCAAGGGCCCAGGGCAGUUGCAGUCUCAAUUAGAGUCUGUGCAUUUUGAGAAACACCAGAUAUAUAUUUUUUUAGCUUUCAAUAAUUUUGUAUUACUCUCUUGAUACCACUAAUACUUAGGGAUCACUAGAAGAGUGUUAUCGCUUCCACUUCUAUUGUAGAUAUUUUAUACCCUCCGUGGUUGGCUAGAUCCGUAGAAUCAAUAUUAGAAUACCAGGCAAUUUUGCUCAUGCUAAUUUCACUCCUUGAAGACUAGGCACACCACAUGGCAAAAACCUUCUUUACCAACACAUUAGCAAUCGAAGCCAGAAAAUGUUUUUAUGUGUUUAUCCAAAUGUCAAAGUGAUCCGGUUUGGCGCUUAAGAAUGGGAAAACCUGAAAAGUUUUGAACCACAUUUGCUGGAAUUCCCAGUUGAAAUUUGGGAAACUCUUGCUUUAUGUGCGAUUCAAUCUUCCUUAAAGCAUUUAGUAAAAGCAGCAUGCCAAAAUACUUUAUUAAAUUUUAAAUUAUUUUUUGCCUAACCGUAAUUGUAAACAAUUUUGCAAUAUACAUUCAUUACAAA